GUGGAGUAUUUCAGAAGCUCACUGCUUCGCUGAUUUUGAGGCAUGCAAGAGAGAGAAGUCGUACUGCACAAGUUUCACACAUCUAGUCUUUUUUUUUACUGCAUUUGGGUUGAGACUCUUCUUCACACACCCUCCUUCAUCUCUGUGAAGUUUCCCCAGCACAGAGAGAAAAAAACUUGGUGAUUUGAGAUAAUGCUGAGGAAGAGGAAUAGGUCAGUGCAGAAGGAUCAACACCACAUGAAUCAUCCGACAAUUUCUGAUGCCAAUUUGGAGUACUAUUCUCAAUCUCAUCAUGCUUUGGGGCGCAACAUCAUCAAAGGCCACUCAAUUUUCAAUGUCCCUUGUCUUUUUGUGGGUCUUGGUCCUAAAGGGUUGGAUUCUGAUGCAGUUAGGAGCCCCACUUCUCCACUUGAUGCUAGAGGUCUUUCAAAUCUAGGCAACCCUGUUAGAAAACCAAGAUCAUCACCCAAUGAGGGGCACCAAAGGAGUUGGGAUUGCUGCAAAGUAGGUCUAAGCAUUGUAGAGUCUUUGGAAGACUGUUCUAGGUUUUGUGGGAAAAUUCUCCAGUCACCAGAGAGCAAGAAAAUUAGUCUCAGUUCCCAAAUGAUGAUCAAAACCACAAAUUGUCAAACCUAUAAUAGGGAUUCUUUAGAGGCAUCUAAGUCUUUACCAAAAGAUUUUUGUAAGGUUCCUUAUACCCAAAAUGGAUCCGUUAUCCACAAGGGUGAACCUGAAUCCACUGUUCUUUUUGAGAUUGGAGAAACCUGCCAGGACCAUGAGCUAUUUGGGAGAACCCGGUCCUGUUCAUUGGACUCUUGUAGUCCACUGAAAACUCUCUCUGGCUUAACCAAGUCGGAUUCAGACAUUGAUAAUUUUGCUUUGAAAGACAUGAACAUCCUAGUGAGCUCUCCUCCUCAUUUUAUUGGGGGAAGCCAGAACUCAAAUACCUUCCCUCCUUCAAAGUUGAAUUCAAACACUCUUUCCAUUUGCUCUUCCAAUGAAUUUCUUAAGUCUCUUUCAGCUAGUGAUAUUGAACACUCUGAGGAUUACACAUGUGUGAUUUCCCAUGGCCCCAAUCCCAAAACCACUCAUAUUUUUGGUGAUUGCAUCUUGGAGACUCAUUCUAAUGCAUUUAAAAACCAUUUCAAGAAUGAAGAGAAGGAAGUGAAUCCUGGAGGUGACAGGUUAGAGAGUCCAAAUCCAAACCCAUAUCCCUCAAGUGACUUCUUAAGUUUCUGCCACCAUUGCAACAGGAAACUAGAAGACGGGAAAGACAUUUAUAUUUAUGGGGGUGAAAAGGCAUUUUGCAGUUUAACUUGCCGAGCCAUGGAGAUCAUGAUUGAUGAGGAGCUAGAGGAAUCGACCCCUUCUUCUGAAAACUAUCCAAAGCCAAAAUUUGGUGAGCAACUUUUUGAAACAGGCAUCCUCACAGCUACAUAA